ACUCUCGCAAAAUCUCACGUGGUUUACUGAAUAACAAGGCAAAGGCUGUAGGUUCGCGGUACUUCUUAACUUACGAUUAAUAUUCGUUAUUUCAAGCUCGUAGAUUAUACUCAUCUAUUUAAACAUACCGGUAAUAUUUCUAAGCCAAUCUCCAUUCGUUGCAUUUGCCGAAGAAAAUGAAAGUGCUUUCUUGUGGAUAAUAAUAUGACCAGCGAGGAAGGAGAAGUUUGGUGCAUCACAGCAAGUGAUGAUGAUGAAAACUAUGGACCAGUAAAAGGGGUGUGGGAGCCUACUAUUGAGGAUAUAGUAACAUUGUAUGAAAGGCUCGUGAAAGAUGAAGUUUUAGAACUUGAGUGGAUCUCACCUGGAAGGAGACCACCAGAAAAAGAAAAGGAAGCAGUUGAUGAUGUUUCACAGGAGCCUGAUACACCACAAGAAACGCCUACGAAAGAGGAACCUGUGGCUCCCACAGAGUUUGAUUUUGAUGACACACAAACAGAGGCUGCAAAAGUUACACCAAAAUGGACUCCAGGAAGUGGAAAGACUCCAAGGCCUCAAAAGAGGGUAGCCUCUUUGGAUAAAAUUCUCAGUGACAUUCGUCAAGAGAAAAAGAAAGAGACUGGUUUAAGGAGGAGUCCAUCAUCUACUCCUCAAAGACCUGGACCAAAACUAACUCCUAAAAAAGACCCAUUUGCUUUUUAACACAGAGGAACUAAAACCAGACUGAUGUUAUUCUCUUUAGGGUUGUUCAUUUUGUUUCAAAAUGUCAGAGAAUAAGACUAAAACAGAUAAUUAUCAGCAUAAAUUUUAUAAAUUGGUUUGUAGUCUAUUUUCUCUGACAUAUGUGCCUUUUUUGGUUAUCUGAAGAAAGUGACAAGAACUUAGGAAAAGAUUCAUUUAUGAAACUCUUUUGUUUUAUUAUAAUAAUUUGUUGUUUUAAAGGUAAAUGACUGAAGACAUUUAACAUGUUUUAAAGACGAAUCACAAACAUGCAUACUUAAACAUAAAUCUUCAUUUUAUUAAUUUUAGAAGAAAAAUUUAUGUUUUACUUUUUAUAUUAUUUUUCUGUAUGAUAUGCACUGUUCAUGGAUGAUGUACAUAAAUUCAGUUAUUUUUUGUCUGAAGCAAAUGCUCUGUUGUUUAAAACUGCGCAGAAUGAUGGGGGGAGGGGUGUACUUAGCACGACAAAUACAAAACAAACGUAAGCGGGUCACGUUCUCCACCAAUUUCACUGUCUGUGAUUUGGACCAUCUUCAUGAAGGCAAGGUUAAGUUAAAGUGCAUGUCAAUGUUGCAGCCUCACUAGUUCAAAAAUUCUUUAUGAUACAAAGCAAAAUACAUGAUUUUAUCCGUCCCUUAUUUUGUCAUUUUUUUCACAAGCAAAUUGAACCUCAGUAAUGCCAGCAAAAAUGGCAAUACACUUUCAUUCGAUACUAUUCAUCUAACACUCUUCAUGACAGUCCACAUUCUAAUUCUUUGGCGUACAAAGUAUUUUUACAAAGCCCAGAAUUCACUUGUAUACAUGUAUACAAUUAUAACAGGUGCUGUCAAGUGAAGCAGGAGUUGGUUAUAUAAUAGUGGCGGGUUGCGCAAUCACUGACCAAUAAGCUUGGACUCUGCUUAAGCUUGUACUGUUUGUUCUAUUUAUUAGGCUGUUUGUGUAUUGAAGGGAGCAUUGGUCUGACUAGUGAUGAAGCUGUACACCUGUCCGACCAGCCCUUAUUUCUCACUGACCAAGGUCGGACUUGGAGCACGACUAAAGAGUAACAUACAUGUUUUUUUGUCCAUGGACAGCAGGAAAUUAGUCCGCCUAGUAAUUGUUUAUGCUAUUUUCAAAGUUUGCUUGAAAAUUUUGCUGAACAAGACAACAGAGUAACAUAUAUGUUUGUUGCACAAGCCCUUCUUAAUGAAGACAGCAGGAAAUUAGUCCGCCUAGUAAUUGUUUAUGCUCUUUUCAAAGUUUGCUGGAGAAUUUCACUUAUAAGCAAGUUUAUGCAGACUACCCAUCCAGUUACAUAUUGAACGUCUAAGAAUAAACAAGGGAGGUGAGAGAACCAGAAAAUUAGAUUGCCUAGUAACUAAAUUUUAUGAUGUCUGGAAGAGCUAGAGGACGUGCACGUGGAAGUGCUCGAAAAACUAAUCUGGAGGUGUCUGGGCCAUUGAGAAGACCAGGGGAUGCUGGGCAACAAGCGCAGGGGCCUCAGUUGCAGACCUCCCCAGAAAACCCUGUUGUUCCAAGUGGUAGAGCAAGAUUUCGGCAGGGUGCAGGAAGGGGGACUCCCACCCCAGGGUCAGCAGCCCCAGGGAGUGGAGACACUUGGUCUCAGAGGCCUUCCUCUGGCUAUGGAAGGGGAGGGCAGCCUGGUCCAGAAACUGGCUAUGGAAGGGGAGCACAGCAUGGUCCAGAAACUGGCUACAGAAGGGGAGCACAGCCUGGUCCAGGGAGUCGAGGAGCAUUGGUGCCAAGCUGGUCCAAUGUAGCUGGGGGUGCCAGACCAAAAACUGGCUUUACUCGCUCUGCUAAUGGAGGUCAUCAAGCAGGCGGAGGAGAGAGAACUCUCACUCUCCUCACCAACUAUUUCAAGAUUACAAAUCACCAAGAACAGCAUGUCUAUCUUUACCAUAUGAGCUUUGAACCGGAAAUAGAUGAAAACCGUCGUCUUAUGUACGGACUUUUGUCCAACCUUCGGGAGUCUGUUCUGAGGGAUGUGCCUUAUGAAGCAUUGGGGAACACCUUGCUGACUAUGAGAGAGUUGGGGGAACAGAAGGAGCCUCACGUGGUGGAGUCUCGUCAGGGUGAACGGUACAUGAUCAGGUUUAAACUGGGCAAAGAAAUCCACCGUGAGGACUAUGAGUACACCUACCUGUACAGCCUAAUUAUCAGAAGAUCACUUGAAAUGAUGGAUCUUCUGAAGCUACAGAGAGAUGCCUUCUACAAUCUCAAUGAAACAAAGUAUGUCCCAGAUCUUCAGGGCAUUAUCUUGAAGUUAUCCCCUGGCUAUCUGGUCUCCACUAUGGCGUGUGAAAUGGGUGUGGCUCUCAAUGUACAGCUGCACUACAAAGUGCUGCGUGAAGACACUGUACUAGAUGUGAUAGCACGAUACUUAUCAACAGGCGCCAGAGAAGGAGACAAGAAUAAAGUGGAGGAGCUGGUCAGAAAUAAGAUUGUCAUGACCAACUAUGGCAAGAACAGAACAUACACAGUGCUGGGUGUUUGCUAUGACCCGCCACUGUACCAACGUACAUUUCAAACUAAAUCGGGAGAAGUGAGCUUUUUAGAUUAUUACAAAAAGGCUUAUGACAUAGACAUCAAGGACGGGAUGCAACCUUUGCUUCGAGUGAAAGUUAAGAAGAAUGAAAAACCAGCCCUUCUGGUUCCCGAGCUGUGUUCUUUAACAGGUAUCCCAGCAGAUGUCCGUUCAAACUUCUAUCAGAUGCGUGCGCUCACUAAUGCACAGAAGAUGACUCCCCGGGAACAAGUUGGCAGGCUGAGCAACUUUAUACAGGCUUUCAGAGGAAAUGAGCAAGCAGUACAGCCUCUGAAGAGAUGGGGCAUUGAGGUGGCAGAAAAUCUGCUUACAGUCCAGGCCCACACCCUGAACCCAGAGAGGAUCAUCUUUGCCAGAGACUGCUUCAACUAUAAACCUUACCAAGCUAAGUGGCAGGAGGCUGUACAUGGUAGCAACACUCUGUUGGAGUGUGUACCACUACACAGUUGGCUGGUGGUGUACCCAGAGGGACGAGGGAGGCCUAUACCCUGUAAGGAGGCAGCACAGAACUUUGUUAGUGAACUUAAGCAGGUGGCGCCAGCUAUGGGGAUGAAAGUUGAGUGGCCAAGUGCGGUGUCAAUUCAAAGAGAUCAUCCAGAAGACUACAUAAGGGCAAUUCGUGAAAGGCUUGGCCAGGCACAGAUGGUGGCAUGUGUCCUUCCUCAUGAUAGGGACAAAUACAGAAUGCAGAUACGCUAUGGGGAAAUAAAAAAGGAAUGUAUUAACCAGCUUGGAGUCCCUAGUCAACUGAUGUUGAAUGCAACUCUUAACAAGAGCAGUAACAAGUUCAAGAGCUGUGUGACUAACAUCGCCAUGCAGAUGAAUGUGAAACUUGGGGGUCAGCUGUGGAGGGUGGCUUUUCCUGAAGUGCUUAAAAAGGCAAUGGUCAUUGGUAUAGAUGUGUACCACCCAGGGAGGGAGAAAUGUGCCUCGCCCAAUGCUAAGUCUGUUGGCGCUGUCACAUGCUCUCUUAAUGCCAACUUCACUCGCUAUUUCUCUGCAUCAGUGGAUCAGCUGCACAGAGGAACAGAGUUGUUUGACACCCUGCAACCUAUUGUUGAACGUGCAUUGAAAGAAUUCCUAAUGGAGAAUAAAUUUCUGCCUGACCCAAUCCUUAUCUUUCGUGAUGGAGUUGGUGAUGGCCAGAUUCAAAUAGUCAAAGACCAUGAACUACCUCAGAUAAAAGCAGCCAUUAGAACAGCUGCUAACUACUCCCCAGUAGAGUACAGACCUGCCAUAGCUGAAGUGAUUGUUCAGAAGAGAAUUUGUAGCAGAUUUUACACAGUUCAGACCCGAGAGAACCCACCCCCAGGGACAGUGGUGGACAGUGGAGUGACCAGACCGGUGGACCAGAUAGACAAUACCUAUGAUUUCUACCUUGUGAGUCAGUCCAGAAGAGACGUGACAGUGUCCCCCACCCACUACUAUGUCAUCUAUGACACCACGGGGAUGACACCAAGUCAGAUGCAGGGGGUCACCUACAAGCUCACUCACUUGUAUUACAACCUGGCAGGCACAGUCAGUGUUCCUAGCCCCUGCUACUAUGCACAUAAGCUGGCUUUCCUGUAUGGUGAAUACAACAUCGAGACAAAGGCCCCCAAACUUGAGCUGCAGAAAAGCUUAUAUUAUCUGUAAGCAGACCAACCUCUACCAGGGCCACAGAGAUUUUAUUCAAUAGGUAUUCACGGAUGUUGCUUUGGUUAUAAUUGUGUCUAUGUUUCUGUACUCCCAAGUAUAUUUGCACCUAGCUCUGGCCUCUGGUAGACGGUAUAAGCAGACGAGGAAACAGAAACCUGGAUCUUUGUUCUAAGCAGACCUUGAAUGGACAGACUGGGCAUUGAGAUAAUAGUUUGCAUUAUCUGUUAGAGGUACAAAAAUGAGUUUGUUACUAUCAAAAUAAUAAUUAGAUAUCACACAUUGUCUGUUCUUAAAGAGUAUUACCAGUGUUUAAUCUAAGCAUAUUCUGCUGUUUACAGUACUUAAUAUGAUUUUUAUGCAGCUAUUAGACUGGUAUUUAUGAAUAUUGGCAUUGAUGUGUUCUUUGUGAUGAGAAAAAAGUGAGCAAACUAUUUCCAAGAUAAGAUGGUUUGUCUAAUGUGUUGCCUUUAUUUUAGUCCAUAAUGAAUAUUACUGACUCAUAUUUUCAAAUAUUGUUUAUGCCAGAUGCCAGGGCAUUUGAGGCAUUUAUAAUGACUGUUUUUGUCAAUCCAGAUAAUAAUUUGAAAAUUGGAUGUUAUGUUUUUAUGUUAGACAGAGAUGCAAUUAUUGAAUUUCAUUCUAUUUCUUAUUAUGUUAGAUGGUGUAAUAUUCUUUAGGCUUCAGUCUGUAAGUUUGAUUCACUGAACACUUUCUUUCGAAUAUUUAGUCUCACUUUUAGUUUUUUACUUUAUAUUUAAUAAUAUAUUUUUAUUAGUGUGGUUCAGGAGAAAAUAAAAG